UUUUCCAUUUGUGUCAGCUCUGAUUUCUUUUAAAAGUGUCUUGUAGUUCUCCUUGAAGAGAUAUUUUACCUGCUUGGUCAUCUGUAUUCCUAGGCAUUUCAUUUUAUUUGUGGCUAUUGUAAAUGAAAUUGUGUUCUUUAUUUUACUCUCAGCCUGGACAUUAUUGGUAUACAGAAAUGUCACCGAGUUUUGUACAUUUAUAUUUUUCCUGAUACCUUACUGAAAUCAUUCAUCAGUUCCAGUAGCCUUUUGACAGGGUCUUUAGAGCCUUCCAGGCAUACAAUCAUAUUGUCAACAAGGAGAAAUAGUUUGACUUUUUAUUUUCCUGUUUAGAUGCCUUUUAUGUCUUCCUCUUGCCGAAUUGCUCUGGCUAGGACUUCCUAAUUUCUUUUAUAAUAUUUUCACAUGAAAAUUCUCCUAAGCUAAAGACUACAUAUCCCAAUGCCUGUGGAAAAUCUCAUCUUGGACUUCCUCAGACACUUGUGAGCAAAAUCAAACUUUAUCUAUUUCUUCUGCUUAAGACUUUUCAGGGGUUCUCAUCACCUACAGAAUAAAGUUGAUGCUCCCGUGCUUAGCGUAUCAUAUAAGGCCUGCUGUGAGCUGGUCCCACAUGCCUUUCUGCCCACAUGUAUCACUUCCUUCCUUUUCAUCAUUCUCAAUUACUAGUAAUUCUGUCACACAUUAUAUUUGCAUCUCUAUGCUUUGGUUCUUUACAUGAAACUUCCUUUCUACCUUGUGUUUUCUGGCAAAAUCUUACUUACCCAGGACUCUGCUUGGGCAUCCUCCACAGGAGGAACACUUUCAUUGAAACCUAGCAUUGUCCCGAAUACCCUUAAUCUGUACUGUCAUAGCACCCUAUGAAUUUUUCUAUAUCACUUUCCAUCUUAUGUUUAAAUAAUCUUUUUACUUGCCUAUCUCUCCCACUGACAAUCUAAGCUGGCAGAGGCUGGAUCAGAUCAUAAUUAUCUUUCUAUCCCUAGUGCUAGGAUCAAUACCUGGCAUUGAAUAUUUACAUUUUUUAUUUAAAUAAACUGACCUGACUUUCUUCUGGUUGGUUAUGUUCUGAGUCCCGAUUACUAAACUUGGUCUUUUAUCUCAGAAGUUGAAGGCUCUCCGGGAGCCAGCUGCAAAGUUCCCAAAGCCCUAACAACCUCACAGCCAAUCAGCUACAGAGCGGGCUGCCCUAAGUCGGCCUCCCAAACACAAAGUCCAGGGUUGGAGUAGGAGCAGGAGAGGGGCAAUGGAAGCUGCCCUGUCCAGAUUCAUGUUCUUCCUAUUUCUCCUCACGUGUGACCUGACUGCAGAAGCUGCUGCAGAAGUUGAGAAAUCCGCAGAUGGUCCUGGUGCUGCCCAGGAACCCACGUGGCUCGCAGAUGUCCCAGCUGCCAUGGAAUUCAUUGCUGCCACUGAGGUGGCUGUCAUAGGCUUCUUCCAGGAUUUAGAAAUACCAGCAGUGUCCAUACUCCGUAGCAUGGUGCAAAAAUUCCCAGAUGUGUCAUUCGGAAUCAGCACUGAUUCUGAGGUUCUGACCCACUACAACAUCACUGGGAACACCAUCUGCCUCUUUCGCCUGGUAGACAAUGAACAACUGAAUUUAGAGGAGGAAGACACUGAAAGCAUUGAUGCCACCAAAUUGAGCCGUUUCAUUGAAAUCAACAGCCUUCACAUGGUGACAGAGUACAACCCUGUGACUGUGAUUGGGCUAUUCAACAGCGUAAUUCAGAUUCAUCUCCUCCUGAUAAUGAACAAGGCCUCCCCAGAGUAUGAAGAGAACAUGCACAGAUACCAGAAGGCAGCCAAGCUCUUCCAGGGAAAGAUUCUCUUUAUUCUGGUGGACAGUGGUAUGAAAGCAAAUGGGAAGGUGAUAUCAUUUUUCAAAUUAAAGGAGUCUCAACUGCCAGCUUUGGCAAUUUACCGGACUCUAGAUGAUAAGUGGGAUACACUGCCCAAAGUAGAAGUUUCCGUAGAGCAUGUGCAAAACUUUUGUGAUGGAUUCCUAAGUGGAAAAUUGUUGAAAGAAAAUCGUGAAUCAGAAGAAAAGACUCCAAAGGUGGAACUCUGACUUUUCCUUGGUGCUGCAUAUGACCAAGUACCUACUUUAUGCAAAAUAAAAAGGCACAACUCAGAUCUCAGAGACACUAAACAACAGGAUCACCAGGCCUGCCAACCACACACACACACACACACACACACACACACACGUGCACACACACACGCACCCACACACACACACAGAGCUUCAUUUCCUUUCUUAAAAUCUCACUUUCUCUUCUUCCUUCUUUUAAAUGUCCUAUCCUCACUCCCUACCCAAUUUCCUUACUAUUGUGCAUUCAUCCUCUGUAAACCCAUCCAUAACACACCUACAUCAAGGCUUUAAGAGACUCACUGUGAUGCCUCUAUGAAGGAGAGGCAUUCCUAGAGAAAGACUGUUCCAAUUUGUCAUUUAACAUCAAGUUUGUGUACUGCACAUGACUUACACACAACAUAGUUCGUGCUCUUUUAAGGUUACCUGAGGGUUGAAACUCUACCUUCUUUCAUAAGCACAUGUCUGUCUCUGACUCAGGAUCAAAAACCAAAGGAUGGUUUUAAACACCUUUCUGAAAUUGUCUUUUUGCCAGAAGUUAAAAGCUGUCUCAAAGUCUCUGAACUCAGCAGAAAUAGACCAUGUGAAAACUCCAUGCUUGGUUGGCAUCUCCAACUCCCCAUGUAAAUCAACAACCUGCAUAAUAAACAAAAGGCAAUCAUGUUAUAGGAAAAGACUGGCA